UUUAUUUCCUCAGAAUGUUCACACCAGACAACUGGACCAGGCCUGAAGACCUUCCGUCUGUAGUCACUGUUUAAUGUUGGAGAUUCUACAGACAAGAAACUUCACAGAAUCUUUAAGUGAUGCAACUAAAAUAAAGGGAAAAUAAAAGCUUCCUACAGUCAGGAUGAUGAUGUAAUAUGACACUAAACAGAUGGCAGCAGGACAUUUCCUUUUUACUGAAUCACAGGAAAUGUUCUUCUGUCUCUGAGAAAAUCUGCCAACACUCCACAAGAGUCUUCCAGACAUCAUGUCCCUCCUUUAUAUUUCCAUCUUAUGGGUCUGUGCCUGUGUGGACAGUGCAGAAUCUCUGGUUACUGUAUCAGCUCCAGUGGGUUCCACAGUCAUCCUGCCGUGUAAACUGACUGAAGACUUCAAACUAACAUCAGUUAUUAGGUGGCAGCUCAAUAAUGACUUUGUGUUUGAGAGAAACAGUGAUGUUACAUAUUCAGGUUCAGGAUAUGAAGGACGUGUGGAUGUUCCUGUGGACGAGCUGCGUAAAGGAAACUGUUCCCUGGUGUUGAAGAACGUCAGAUUUACUGAUGACAAAAUCUACAAAACAAUGGUACAUGUGGACAUUAAUAACACUGUGGAAAUGAAAGAAAUUAACAACGUUAAGCUCUCAGUCUAUGCUCUUCAGAUAUCAGCUCCAGUGGGUUCCACAGCUGUCCUGCCGUGUGAUUGGAGUCAUCUGUCCAUCAAAACACCUGACGUUAAGUGGUUUAUCGAUACUGAGACUGUGUUUGAGCGAAAGGGUAAAGAUUCAUAUCAGGGUGAAGGAUAUGAGGGUCGUGUGGACGUUCCUGAGGACGAGCUGCUUAAAGGAAACUGUUCCCUGGUGAUGAAGAACAUCAGAUUUAGUGAUACAAGAAUCUACAGCAGCUCCAUGUUAAUUACAGACACACAGGAAUCUGUCUUGGUCCAGAAGGUUAAACUGUCAGUUGUUGAGGACAGUGUUAAUGAGAGACGAUCUUUAUCAGAGGAUUCAGACUCACACCAGACUGAAGGGAGAAACAGGAUUAUUUUAUAUGUUGUGAUCGUAAUCUUCAUCAUCAUCUUUGUCAUCAUCUGUGUGUGUGUGUACUACAGCAGGGUGAAAGGUCUCAGACGUGCCACCGACUCCACUGAACAGGAUGGAAACAGACAUCAUCACAGUGUUCAGUACAACACAACGUCCGACAAUGUGACGUACACACCAGUCAACACACAACCACAGAGUUAAUGACCAACACAAGAUGGUCUGCUCUGAUCUCAUCAUGGAUUUCAGAUCAUCUUAAACUUCAUCCCUGCUCCACUGAGCUGAUGUUCAUCUCUGGAGCUUCAUCACCAUGUCAGGAUCUUCUGAUUUACAAACAUCCUACAAGGAAUUAAAUAUCAAAAUGAACAAUUACAAUUGGAACAUAAAAUAAAUAAAUAAGUACAAUAAAAAAUAUAAAAAAAGCUUACAUAAAAAUACACUUAAAUUAGAUAAUAUUUUGAUAAUACAGUAAUAACUGCAGCAAUUCAGUGUUCUUUAACCUUGUUUUUCUCCCAAAUUAUUCUGUUGUCAAGUCCACUUGAUCACAGAAGUGUAGAAAGUUAGUCCAGAUUUUAUAAAAGUAAUUUAACUUCCCUUUGAUAACAAAUGUCAGUUUUUCCAAAGCAAGGUUUAAGGACAUUUCCUUGAUCCAUUGGUUAGAAGAGGGUCUUUGAGAGUCUUUCCACUUUAAUGCAAUGACACGUUUGGCCUGUAGCAAACUAAAGUCUAUUAGUUUACGUUUUCUUGCAUUUACGACCAAAUUUAUUGGGUAUAGAUGGAAUACACACAGAUUUGGGUCAAGAGGAACAUUAUCUCCAAUUAACUGACCAAUCAUAGUAAGAAUUUCCUUCCAAAAUAUAUGAAGCUCUUUACUUUCCCAUACACAGUGGAAAAGUGACCAGUUUCAUCUAUACACUUUGUACAGUUGUCAGAGAUAUUGGGAUUGAACCUAUUUCAUUUUACAGGGAUAAUGUACUGUAUGUCCUUAAAAGCCAUUUGUAUUGCAGUAGUUUGCACCUUGUGUUAAUGCUCUGGGCUUGAGCCAAUAGUAUUAAAGUGUAUUAAAGUAUUAAAGUGUGGUUUUCCUGAUUGACAAUAAGGUUCUGAGCAGGUUUUCAUUUGAGAGUGUACAAAGCUCCUGAGCUGCAGAUAUUUAAAGUAGUGUUUCUGAAGGAGACCAUAUUUUCUCACUAGUUGUUGAAAUGACAUAAUAUACCUUCUCCAUAUAAAUCUUUUACUUGGCAAAUUCCUUUAUACGUCCAGUUUUUAAAUCCCAUAUCGCUUCUGCCAGGUGUGGGAAAAUAAUUUUAAGUCAUUGUUUUAUUUCCUUUUAGUUCUAGUAUAUUUUUGUGGAUCAUGUAGAAGCCAAAUCCAGUUACAAUGCUAGUUAGAUUCAAACUUUACAUUAGACUUGUGGUUCCUGUAUCUCAUUAAUAGUAAAGGACAGGGGCAAGGUAACUCAGGGUAUCAUCUGUCUCUUUUGUUUAAGGUGGCCAUUUGAUUCAAGGUCUGAGUCAAGAAUGAAUGCCAAGCAUUAGAGGUGAACUGGUUCCUAUGAUAAUGAAAGGGUCUGAGAAAGACUGUUAUGUGAAUGGGAUUAAGGGUGGGUGAAAUUCCAGGAUCUGGUGUGGGGCUGUUACAUCCCUUCAUGCUUUGAUUGUCACCCGAGUGUUUUGUCUCUAUCUGAUGUGACUGCCCCCUAAAAUGUGUAUGUUUAUAAUGUAUUACAACUUUAAGUCAGACUUGAUGACUGCAGCACCCGUGCCAGUACGCUCUGACUUGCAGACUCGUUUCAUGGUGUAUCUACUGUACAAUAAAGACUACUGCACAAGGA